AUGAACUGGGUCGGUGGCAGCCGGAGCAGAAUCAUACUAAAGCAGGAAAGGAGAAAGCAAAAGGAAUUCUUUGAAAAGAAGAAACUUAAAUCAAAGAUGAAGCUUCUGGGAGUAUCAUCGCCUAAAAGUUCGUCAGUCAGUUUAGAUCUCCUCAAUCUAUAUGUUGUUAACCAGAUAUCAACCAAAAAACACAACACCGGGAACAUGAGGAAGCCGGUCCACAUUGAUAUCACUGAAGAUGUGAAAAUACCUGUUAGGAGGCACAACAUAGAGCUUCCCAUAUCACCACUACGUACACAACAUACGUCAAACUUAGAUGACAUCCAGAACAGGUUACAAAAGCAAGUAUUGGACAGCAGAAGGCAGCAUCUCUCUGAGAAAGUAAAAUACCAGCGUAAUUUAUCACAAGUAACAGAAUUAAUGUAUGCUGACUCUAGUAUGGAACAUGAAGACAACACAGCAAGAGCUUUUAGUGCCUGUCCAUCGUCCGCUUCUGUUUUUUCGUCCUCUAACUGUACACAACUUUCAGAAGAAAAUUUCAACACAAACCUAAUGGGCAACACUUGGGAACAGACCUAUGAAGAGAAGCUGCAAAACCAGCCAGGAAAUAGUUCUGAUCAAGACCCUUGGAUUACACAACCUCCAAGUCAGUGUAUUUUCAGGAAGUCCGGCACAGUGCUUCAGGAACUGUUUAAGCCAUUGCAUAGGCUAGACUAUAUGAAUUCUGCCAGGAAAAAUCCAGUGAUAAUGACCAGUAACGAAUCAGAAAACAGUGAAGGAAUAAAAGAACCAUUGUUUGAUGUUGUGAAAGAAAUUGCAGAACUGAAAGCUCCCCAAGAUGGAAGUGAUUGUUCCUUUCUGGCACUGUUUGAAGAGGAGAGCCAACCAAUCCAUAAUAAUCGUUCCACAAAACAUUUUAAUCCUUUUGUUAACCGAAGCAGUACUGCCAUUUUUUUCAUUGAUCCUGAUGAUAGAAAUCAAAUGACCAACAGAAAUUAUCCUUAUGAUACUAGAGAGGCUUAUCCUGCAAUCAAUGCACAAAAAAGUUCUGUGGACAGACACCUUAAAGGCAUUUUCACAGCUCCAGAACAGGGUUUACUUAAAAGUAACAAUGCCUCAAAUGCAAGCUACAAGACGACCAGUAGACUUCAUAAAACCCACCUGCAGGACUGUCAUGAGGGACAGCACUACUUCAUACCCUCUGAAAACAAAGAAAAACCUGCAAACCUUGAACAAAUUGAGACAUUUCCUUAUCACCAUGAUCAGCAGAUUAACUUAAAGGAGAACGCACAGAACUAUUCAAAGAACUCUGUGUUUGCAUCCCUCAGUGAUGACGAGUUUGUCAAAGAAUCAGCCUGGAGACAGAAUCAGCUCUUUAGGUUUGAAGAGUUCACAGCGGUACAAGAGAAAGAGUAUAAGUUUGGAGUGAAUUCAAAUCUUCAUGAGAUGGAGAAGGAUGUGGAGUCAUCACUCAGCAGCCAGUCUCCCAGUUACUCUCCAAGGCAGACGGAGACCUGUUUCAGCUCUAGUCCUGACAUGUCUGAAGAGGAAGACACAGCCAAAAAGAAGGAAUAUCUGAAUGAAAGGUCCUUGAAGAUAGACGAUGCCAACCUAACCUCAGCCUCAGCAAGUACAGAGCCCCCCAAGACCUCUCAGACCAGAGCUGUGCCUCUCCAGCCCAGCAGUAUUUUAACUAGAGAAGCAGCAAACCAUCUUCAGGAGAAAGACUCUAUUUUCUGUGCCACAGACGAGGAAAAUAAAAACCACACCGCCCCACCUGAGGGCAGCUCGUUACAGCAAGCCCUUAAAAGAGAGCACGUCACUGGCAGUACUGGCUGUGAUGCUUGGUCGCAGACGGAGAGCUCUCUUACAGAAGUGGAGAAAGUGGAUGUUGCCACCCAGUGUGGCACCAUGCAGGUGUGCAGCUGUGGGAGCUCUCUCCCCUCUGCCCGCAGCCUGGGGGGGCUCGCUCCCCCCAGCGCCGCAGGCACCGCUGGAGGGCACAAAAUGCCAGCACACCAGACGCUGCAGCCUGCGGGCACCGGCAGCGCAGCAGAAAUAGCAGCGUUUUCUUCUGAAGCUGAGUAUCUGAGUCUGGCUGGCAGAAGGACUCUAGAGGUGCUGAACUACAUUGAUAUAAUGAAGGAGAGAGAUAAGCAGUGA